AGUUCCCGUCUGUGUUUAUUUUAAUUUGGAAGUAGUAAAUUAAAAAUUUAACCCAUCUUAUUAUUUGUUGUUAGAAAUUAGAAUGGGAAUUACCAAAGACACUUAUUUACCUACAGAUGAGGAAUUAACGGUGCAAGAGAUCAACUUAUCGGGCCCCGCUCUCCGUGCCGGCGCGUUUCAUUUAGGAAAGGAUUGCGAGUUCGAGAAUAAUGAAUUUGUGCUGUGCCGUAAGGAGCUGAACGAUCCUAGGAAAUGUAUUAACGAAGGGAAAGCCGUGACCAGUUGUGCAUUAAAUUUCUUUCGUAAAGUGAAAAAAUCGUGUGCCGGCGAAUAUCAGCAAUAUGUUACGUGUCUCGAUAAAUCGAGUACAAAUCAAGACUUUACUGUCUGCCGUAAAACACAAGCCGUUUUCGAUAAAUGCAUGUUCGAUAAUUAUCAAAUCGAGCGGCCUUAUUACGGAUACUUUGCCGAAGUAAAGGUACAUAAGACCAACCGACCGAAGCCCGCGCCCGAACCACCGGCGGUCUAUCCUGAUGCUACACCUGCCUUACCUCCAGAUGUAGAGAAACCUCCUGCGAAAUACGGCUCCAGAAUUCACUGGAUGUGGUAGAAUAUUGCUGUGCUAAUUUCCUAUUCUGUACAACUCGAUAUUCGAGGAAAUUUAUCAGCAAUUCUUUGUAGUUGUAAUUCAUGUAUAGCUAGAAAUACAUUGUAGUUCAAAUU